AUGGCGGCGCCGGGCCUGGACGAGGUCAUGGCGUUCCUCACGGAGCACGGCUUCGCGAGCACCGCCUCCGCCCUCCGGGACGACGUGCUGGGCCGCACUGCCGACGGGGCAUCAGACUCCCCUGCCGCACUAGAUCCCCGGCUCCCGCCCCUCCGGAUGCCGGCCUCCGCCUCCGCUGUCGGCGCCGGCACGACGGCGCCUGCGAGCCCCGGUUCCAGCUCCGAGUCAGCCUCCUCCUCCGCCUUCGUCAGCAUGCGCUCAACGCCCUCAGGGCUGCUGAACCCAUAUGGCGUCUGGUCACCGCCGCACUCGCUGUCGGACGCGUCGUCAUCUGAGAUGGAGUUCGGCACAGCGCGCCAGUACGACACCAGCGACAUCUUCUUCCAAGAAGGCUGGCUCUACGACGACCACAUCUUCCAUACCAAGCUGGACGACGACGGGAGAGACAAAGAGGAGGACAAGUUCGUUCUCGGCGCUCACGGCGGUUCAGGACGGACAGAAGCGUUCGAUCUUACCGCCGGCGGUGGCCGCCGGCAUGAACAUGCCGGCACUGACGGCUGUGAGGGGUGUGCCGAGGUGUACACCUGCUCAUCACCGCUCUGCGGCUGCUGCGGCGGGGGACUCAAGGAUGUGGAGGGGAUCGAGGCUGUCAGGAAUUCGAGCUCCGCUGUAUACGGGAGAUACAAGAUCAUGGAUGACCAGACAGAGGUACUUGACGAGUGUGGCCUGGAUGUGUUUCAGCUGAAGCAGAGUGAUGAUGCAGUGCUGGAGUGCGAUUUGCCAAGAGAUUCUGGGCAAGGAGAUGAGAAUGUGGAGCUGAAUGUUGUGGACAGGGAGCUUCGAAUGCUCAGUUCAUUUGAUACUUGUGCUGAUGCUGAUAUUGCUGCAAAGUUGGAUGAUGACACUGAAAACAAUCUGAAAAGCAGCAGGGGGAAAGAAUAUCUGAAAGAGUAUAGCUCACAUCCUUUCCCACAGAAUGGUGAUUCCGACGACAUCUAUGACUUUGGAGAUAUUGGGCCAUUGAAUACAGAUGUCAAAAAGUCUGCUGCUCUUAUAGCCGAGGAAGAAGAUCCAGAGUCAAAUAUUGAUAUGUCCCUCGCUAAUUUCCAUCGAGAAUACGAGGUAUUUGAAUUGAGAAUUGUCCACCGCAAGAACAGGACUGGCUUUGAAGAAAACAAAGAUUUCCCCAUUGUCUUGAAUUCAGUCAUAGCAGGAAGAUAUUAUGUCACUGAAUAUCUUGGUUCGGCUGCAUUCAGCAAGGUUGCUCAAGCACAUGAUCUUCAGACGGGAAUGGAUAUUUGCCUUAAAAUAAUUAAAAAUGAUAAGGAUUUCUUUGAUCAGAGUUUAGAUGAGAUAAAGCUGCUGAAAUUUGUGAACAAAUAUGAUCCAUCAGAUGAACAUCAUGUACUGCGCCUAUAUGACUACUUCUAUCACCAGGAACAUCUUUUCAUUGUCACUGAAUUGCUACGAGCAAAUCUGUAUGAGUUUCAGAAAUAUAACCAGGAGUCUGGUGUUGAGGAGUACUUUACGUUUCCUAGGAUACAGGCAAUCGCUCGGCAAUGUUUAGAAGCUUUGGUAUACUUGCAUCAUUUAAGGAUCGUUCACUGCGACCUAAAACCAGAGAAUAUCCUUAUCAAGAGCUACAGCAGGUGUGAAAUUAAGAUCAUUGAUCUUGGGAGCAGUUGCUUCUUGACAGACAACUUAAGCCUGUAUGUCCAAUCACGUUCUUAUCGAGCCCCUGAGGUCAUUCUGGGGCUGCCAUAUGAUCAGAGGAUUGACAUUUGGUCUCUCGGUUGCAUCCUUGCUGAACUAUACACCGGUGAGGUACUAUUUCCUAAUGAAUCAGUGUCCAUGAUGCUUGCCGGUAUGAUUGGGAUAGUUGGACCAAUCGAUAUGGAAAUGCUAGCAUUGGGGCAGGAGACACAUAAGUAUUUUACUGACGAUUACGACCUUUUCACCAAGAAUGAGGAGACAGAUCAGCUAGAGUAUCUGGUUCCGGAGAAGUCUUCUUUGCGGCGUCAUUUGAGAUGCCCUGACCCGCAGUUUGUCGAUUUUCUAUCUUAUUUGCUGCAAAUAAACCCCAGGAAGAGGCCAACAGCCAGUGAAGCGCUGGAACAUCCAUGGCUUUCAUCUGAGUACUAAUAUGAGGCCGCACGUAUAAGGAUGAAUUUUCGGUUACUCCUUAUUUUGGGCCUCCUUUAGAACUUGUAAAAAAAAGAAAAAGA